AAUGUGUCAACAACCACGUGAAAUCGCGAAAGAUAACUUCCAAGUUAUCGUGUUUCAUCGUGUAAGUUAGUUGUCUUAUCAACGUGGUUUCAACUAUUUUCAAAGUCAAACAAAGUCCGCCAUGUCUUCUAGAGAUACAAAACGUAUAAACGUAGCUGCACCUGCUUUAUUGGUUCAAGAAAACCAGAUGCAGAAACAAUUUAUAGAAUUCCCAUGCUCAUCUAUUCGUCUCGGGUCGUAUAAUUUAAGUGGAUCUUCAUUUAUCGUACAGGUGUCAUCAACAGAGGUUUUGUUAGAAUCAGCCUCCAACAACCAAGAAUCACAAUCAAAUGUUGGUGCAUUUCAAUUUGAUUUGCAUUUCCCUGUCAAAGAACUGCUCGAAUUUUCAUCUCAUUUCCACCCAACUCAUCCAGUUCUUUUCUUGACAUUCAGCCCUGAACUGAGCCAAAAUGUUUCAAAUCUGUUGAAUCUUGACCAAAAUGGACCUUACUGGAAUUCCCAGAGCACUAAAGAGAUCGAAAAAAGAAUGACUUUAAUUCCCCACACUUUAGAUGCUUCAGCCAUUAAGGAAAUCGUUUCAAUGCUGUGCAAAAAUUGCAGAAUCAACGAAUUAAAAGUCGCUGAGGCAACUCAACUCCUCCAGAUUUCAAUACCGUCAUCAGACGAACAAAAGUAUCUGGAUGCUUUUAAUCGUGCCAUGAAAUCAAUCCGAGUUUCCUCGUCAACAAUUCCGAAGAAAAAUGAGAUCGAAAUGCAGAUUUUUGUCAAGACAUUUUCCGGUAGGACUAUCACUCUUACAGUUGAGCCUUCAAACACUAUCGCUUGGGUGAAAGACAAAAUUCAGGAAAGGGAAGGUCUCCCGUCUGAUGAGCAAUGUCUAAUGUUUGCUGGAAAGCAGAUCGGUCGGUUCGAUAGCCACACUUUGUCCGAGUUUUGCAUUCACAAGCAGUCAACCUUGGAAUUAUUGUCCCGAAAUCACAUAAAAUUGUAAAUAGCCUAUCCAAAAAAGCAGAUUGCAAUUCCAGUUUUGAUAUAAUUGAUUAAUAUUUAAAUAAGCGCGUCGUUAUUCUGAUUUGUGUUGUUGCUAGUAUUAGUAGAGGAAAUACUCAAUCAAAUGAUAGACCUACCGUGAUUCUGCACGAGUAUAAUUUUUUCUUACAUUUUUCUCUGUUGGACCCAGCGCUCAUUUAACAGUCAAAAAGUCAAACUCUGCCAACAUCUCAAACAACUUGCGACAACUUGUAUGCAAAGAUUUUCCGGUUCGCCUUGAAUAAAUACCAAGAAGUUGUGACGUCA